GCAUCAAGUAACGGAAAGCCCACUAUGGUAGCUAAAGAAGCCGCAUAUCAAGAAACGAUGGGCUCUGAUAUAGUUGGAUUCUAUGAUGUUUCAAUGAUGAACGAACACUACAAUUGUAAAGGUAAGUAA